AUACAUCGUAGAAAUGCUGCCUGUCAAGCAGACAAUUACUCAUGCGUCGUCUCUGGCGAAUUAAUUGGCCAGGUCACCAGGGUCAUGGAUGCAGUAAAAAUAGGUGCCACACGGUAGUGAUAACCUAUCUUUAGGUGCAUGCAUGCAACGGAAUCAACACAGGUCACCUUUUUGCUGUGUUUUGUAACCAUUUUCCCUUUUCCAAAUUAGACAUCACGCAUUUAUCGAGUGGUUCCCCUGGAGACGAAGAAAAUUAAGCUAGAGAUUAGCUGGUAAAACAGUUAGCCAGUUAAGCUCUUUGCCCUGCAAGUAUUAAGCCUGCCUCCCAACGGCCUCUCACCUCCGCCCGACCUCUGCCCCUCCUCCGAGAGUCCGAGGUCGAUCGCCGUCGUCGCUCGGUCGCUCGCUCGCCUGCCUGAUCCGGAUCCGGCAGGCCGGACUGCGUAGGUGUGCCGCGGCGAGACGUGCGCGCGGCGGCGCCGAUCGACGACCCGAUCGAUGGACUUCACCUCGUCCUACUUCCACGCCUUCGGCAACCCCGACUUCGCCGCGGUCUUCUCCGGCGGCGGCAGCGCGCAGGCCAUCCGGCCGGGCACCACCACCAGCAGCAGCGGCGGCGCGAAGGCGGUGAACGUUGGCAGGGGCGGCGCGGCGAGGCAGGGCGCCCCGUCCGUGUUCUGCGUCCAGGACGCGGAGGUGGAGGAGGCGCACCACUUCCUCGACGAGUGCACCCUGUGUCGCAAGGGCCUCGCCGGCGACAUCUUCAUGUACAGAGGGGACACGCCGUUCUGCAGCGAGGAGUGCAGGAGGGAGCAGAUCGAGAUGGACAGGAACAGGCACCGCAGGAAGAAGCAGCAGUACUCUCCCACGGCGCAGGCGGCGGCGCACCACCACCGAUCAGAGCGCGCGCCCCAGCGUCAGCUGCAGCCGCAGAGGUAGAGAUCAAGAGAGAGCUCAGCUCGGCACCACACCAAGCCGCGCGCCCUUUGCCGGAUUGGAGACUCACGCGCGCAUGCAUGUUACGCAUGCAUGCACACACGCGUUCAACUGGGGUGAUACUACAUAUACAAGUACAGGUGUGUACUAGACAUUUCGAAGAGUCCAUGGAUCGAUCGAGAGGAACCACCACCACGACCCCGAGUUCCCACGUUUGUGGUAGGGAAAACGGUGAAGUAAUUAUAGAAGAGUUUUUUUUGUGCAUUAUGCUUGCUGAUGAGCAUAUAUAUAUAUACAGGUUUGGUUAGAACAGCAUGCUCGUCCAGGCGUCCUGCUCUCGUGUUUGGUCUAUUUACUUCGUACUGGUUCAGACCGGGCUGUCAAAAGAAGCCUAUGAGCUCUUUUCUAAUGUAUAUUGUAACGCCCUCUCUAUUCCAUCUCGUCUUCAUUUUCCUUUGUUGAUGUUCGAUCUGUUGGCUGUCUAGUUGCACAAUAGUACCCAACUAAGCAUAUUUAUAUUACCUUUGGAACCUGUUACAUGUCUUAAGGCAUGCUCUUUUUAA